GAGCCUUCUGUGGUGGACGGUGGCCUCAGCACACCGUCCUCACUGUGCCCCACCUCUCAGCGAUCCCACGCCAGAUCCCUUGCCUUCUCCCUGAGCUUUCUGGGGUCUUCCUUUGGAUUCAUCUGUCCUUGCUCUUCCAGCCUCCCUGCCACCCCCAGACCCUUUCAGCUACAGGUUGCUGCUUCCCCUCGCCAGCAAGGAUGAGGUCCCGGCUUUUGUUUUCCGUGGCUCAUCUGCCCACAAUUCGGGAGACCUCGGAGGAGAUGCUGCCCGGGGGGCCUGGGCAGGAGCCCCCAGCCUCCCCCAGCCUGGAUGACUAUGUGAAGUCUAUUUGUCAGCUGGCGCAGCCCACCUCUGUGCUGGACCAAGCUAUAGCCCUGGGCCGACCCAGGCGACCCCACCGGCCAGCCCAGGCCUGCGAGAAUAGCUGCACUGCGGCAUCACUACAGGACAUCACCACCCACUUCAGUGGCCAGCAGCCCACGCUGUCUGCACCUGGCACUGCUGACCCCCUGGGCUGGCUAUUUGGGGAGUCCCAGGAAAAGCAGCCAAGUAGGAGAGACCUGCCAAAGAGGACUAGCCCCACUGCUGGCCCCUGGGGUUCACACAGACAGAUGGACAGUGGCAAGAUCAGGGGGACACCCAGAGGGAGGCUCUGUGAAGCUAGGGCGCCCGGGCUCUUUCUGGCAAGACUGUCAUGGGAUGGGUACCAGAGCUCCCACUUGCUUAGCUGGACUUCUGAGCAGCCUGGCCGGACCGUGGCCUCCCCCUGCAGCCCCUGCACCAGCAGCAACCUCAGAACUCUCUACUCGCACCUCCCGGUGAUCCAUGAACUCUGACCCCUCCCCCAUAAAGGCAUCUGUAAAGAGCAUGCGAGGAACAUGUCUCUCCCUCCCCUGUGGUGGGUGCUGCCCCUGGCAGGUCUCUGGGAGGGAAAUGCUUUUCUGUAGGGGCUGCCUGCUUUAGCCAUUCACAGUGAGACACUGCUCUGAAGAGCCGUAACAGCCUGUCUCACAGGAGACGUUACUGACCCAUUUGCUCUGCUCCUUGCUGAAGCGAGUUACUUAAUGUCUCUGUUCCUCAGUGUGCACAUGGGUAAAAUGGGGAUGAUGGAUGGGACCUGCCUCCCUGGCUGAUCUGCCCAGUAAAUGCAUGUAACCAGCCCA